UUAGUUUGGAUUUAGGCUCCAAAGUUGUCUGAGGGUUCUAACAUGAUGGGAAAAACCAUACAACUUGUUUUCUCUCUCUUCUUUUUCUUUAUAGUUAUUACAAUAAUUUCCUUGAGAGGAACGGCCAUGGCACAGAGCACAACAAACAUAACAACAGUCCAAGUAAAGGUAGGAGUGGUUCUUGACAUGAACACUUGGGUUGGUAAGAUGGGUUUGAAGGGUAUCUCCAUGGCACUCUCUGACUUGUAUUCAUCUCAUGUUCAUUACAAAACCAGACUGGAGCUCCACGUCAGGGAUUCUAAGGAUAAUGUUGUUGGUGCAGCUGCAACAGCUGUGGAACUACUGAAAACAGAACAAGUGAAGGCCAUCGUUGGGCCAUUGACAUCCAUGCAAGCAAAUUUUCUAAUUCAUCUUGGAGAAGAAGCUCAUGUCCCCAUUAUUUCAUUCUCUGCAACAAGUCCUUCACUCUCUUAUUGUAACGCCCUCAAAAUAAAAUUUGAUGUUGUGGUUGGAGAUGUUACUAUUAGGGAAAACAGAUCCAAUUACGUGGACUUUACAUUCCCAUACACUGAAUCUGGUGUGACAAUGAUUGUGCCUUUUAAAGACAAGAAGAAUUACAAAAGUGCAUGGGUUUUUUUGAAGCCAUUGACUUGGGAUCUAUGGGUGACAAGUAUUUGUUUCUUUGUGUUCAUUGGUUUUGUGAUUUUGAUCCUUGAACGUCAAAUUAAUGAAGAUUUUAAUGGGACUCUUCUGCAACAAGUUAGCAACAGUGUCUGGUUCUCUUUCUCAGCCAUGGUUUUCUCUCACAAGGAGAAAGUAGUAAGUAACUUGGCGAGGUUUGUGGUGAUCAUAUGGUGUUUCGUGGUGUUAAUUCUGACUCAAAGUUACACAGCUAGCUUAACCUCACUGUUGACAGUUCAUCAACUUGAACCAUCUAUUACUGAUGUGCAAGAGCUUAUAAAUAAAGGGCAAUCAGUUGGUUAUCCAAAAGUCUCAUUUAUUCAUGAUAUCUUGAAACGAAUGAAUUUCAAUGAUUCUCAGCUUAAGGGCUAUAAUCCGUGGAAGGAAUUGGAUGCCGCUCUCUCGAAUCGAAGUAUAGUUGUAGCUUUCGAUGAAAUUCCUUACUUGAAACUCUUUACUGGAAGACAUUGCUCAAAAUAUACCAUGGUUGCACCAACCCACAAGACUGGCGGCUUUGGCUUUGCAUUUCAUAAAGGUUCCCAUUUAGUACGUGAUGUGUCAAUAGCAAUCUUGCAUGUGAUUGAAGAAGAUAAAAUGUCAGAAAUUGAAAAAAAGUGGUUGCAGAAUAACAGUUGUCCAGACUCUAGCAGUACGGUGUCUUCCAGUAGCCUGAGUGUCCAUAGUUUUUGGGGACUAUUUCUCAUAGUUGGAGUUGCUGCUUCUUUUGCUCUCAUUAUAUUUAUGGCUAUGUUGGCUUAUGAGCACAGGAGUUUCUUGGUGCACUUGGAUCUCAAAUAUUUGUGGAGGAAGUACAUUCUCAAGCAUGAAGACACUGUCACUGCCAUUGACACUCACCAAGAUCAGGCAAGUCCAUCAUCAUCACCCUUGUCAAUCGCUCCAUCACCACCUACUCAACACUCUCCCGCUCGAUCAACUGUUUCAGAUGACACCGAUGAGGCUUUUACUCAUUUUGAAGAAGAAGUGGCCGAAUCUCAAAACCCAAGACACUAAGAAAUCAUUAUUUAUAUCACAAAUGAAAAUAGUUGAUGAAUUAUUGUGUAUUACCAAUCUGAAAAAAAAAUUAAA